AUGGUGGGUAGACCUCCAAAUAAUCAAUCAGAAAAAUCUUCUCAAAGCGAUCUCCUUCUUUCCGCGUAUGACAAAUACUCGGAUUUAAAACUUAAAUAUAAAGAAUUAAAGAAGAAAAAUGCAAAUCUUAACGAAGAAUGUGAGCGCGCCAUCAAAAAGAUUAAAAGGUGUAAGGACGAAAGAAAUUCUUUGUUGGCGAAAUUAGCAAAGUCUUCAAAUGAACCUGAGCCUAAACGUAUACGAGUAUCCAAACCCAGUACCAAAAAUGAUAGUUCUGCUGUUAUCCCUAAAAUUACUUCCACAAUGAAUAAAAAACAUCGUUCCCUUGUAAGAAAUAUUGUAAAUGAUGUUCCAAUCAAGUCAAAAUCUUCGGCUCCAAAACGUGGUCAGGGUCGUGCUCCUGCUGCUCCAAGAAAUAUGAAAGCAUAUCUUGUCCCUAAAGAUGAGAAUGGGAAUUUCAUUCUUCCUGUUGAAGUUGGCCUUCAUACUGUGAUUAAACUUGGAAAAAUUGUUUAUGAUCGUGAUUCACCUUACCUUAGUAUGAUUGAUCCCGAUAAAAACACAAUUUACACUUCUCGAAUAGAGGAUGGUGAAGAUGGUCCAAAGUUCAUUGUUGAAGCUGAAGAUCGUCCGAACCAACCGAUUACUGCAACGAGCGCGACUGGUGCUUGGACGCCUGUUAUUAAACAAGCUAACAUCAUCCGUGAACGAAAACAUUCUAAUGCUGCGUCCGGUCCUGAUUAUUUUGGUUUAUCACAACCUACUAUUCGAAAGAUGAUACAAGAAUUACCAAAUGCUGAACAUUGUAAAAAUUAUGUCAUGCAAAUAUUUGAAUUACAUGUCCCGAAUGGUGCUGGUAAACAUAGUAAAAAACGUUUUUCAAAAAAGUACGAUAUGGAAUCAUGUGAUAUGGAGGCAUUUUCGUAA